GCCUUGAAAGGCCAGAGGAGGAGAGUAGCGCCCAGCGAGGGCUCUCUUUCUUCUCUCCGUCUCUGCUUGGCUGCCGGAGCCAUGGUCCCUCCUCCGCCUCCUGCUGCUGCCCCCGCCGCCCUCCGUCUCCUCCUCGUCCUCCUGCUCCAGGUGGCUGCCGUCCGCCCCCGCUGCCUCCGAGGCUUCCUGGCCCCGCGCUUCGCCCUCGAGGCCCCCGGAGCUCUCCUGCCCCGCGGACUCCUCCUCGGGAAAGUUGAGUUUGAGGACUGCCAGGGGGGCAUGCUGCCAUCGUACGCUGCGCAGGACAGCAAUUUCCGGGUCCUGACCGAUGGGACCAUCUUGGUUCGGCACCAGACGCGGCUGUCUGGGCCGGAGAGGAGCUUCACAGUGAAUGCCUGGGACGCCGCAGGGACCAAAUACUCCGCCUUGGUGACGGUGCAGAACAAAGGACACCUGCAGCCUUCCCAGGAGGAAGAGGAGAAGCCCAAUGAGUCAGCAGUGCUUCGUUUCCCGUUGGCAAAACCAGGUCUGAAAAGGCGGAAGAGAGAUUGGGUGAUCCCCCCCAUAAGAGUGUCUGAAAACGAACGGGGUCCCUUCCCCAAGAAGCUGGUCCAGAUCAAAUCCAACCGGGACAAAGACACCAAGAUAUUUUAUAGUAUCACUGGCCAAGGGGCAGAUACUCCUCCUGAGGGAGUCUUCAUCAUCGAGAAAGAGACAGGAUGGAUGAAAGUCACCCAGCCGCUGGACCGAGAGUAUAUAGACAAAUACCACCUUUUAUCGCAUGCCGUGUCCGAAAAUGGCAAACCGGUGGAGGAACCAAUGGAUAUCAUUAUCACCGUCACGGACCAAAACGACAACAAGCCCCAGUUCACCCAAGAGAUCUUCCGGGGGUCUGUCUUGGAAGGAGCCACGCCUGGGACCUCUGUGAUGGAAGUCUCGGCUACUGAUGCCGAUGAUGCCAUUGAAAGCUACAACGGGGUCAUUGCCUACUCCAUCAUCAGCCAAGUGCCCGAAGAGCCUCAUAAGCAGAUGUUUGCCAUCAACAGGGCAACGGGGGCCAUCAGCGUCAUUGCCAGCGGCCUGGACCGAGAGAGAGUAAAAGAGUACAUCUUGACUUUGCAAGCUGCAGACUUGGAUGGCGAGGGGCUGACCAACAGUGCCACAGCGGUGAUAGAAAUCACAGAUGCCAACGAUAAUGCGCCUGAGUUCAAGCAGCAAGUGUACUCAGCAGAGGUGCCAGAGAACGAAGUGGGGCUGGAAGUUGUGCGCUUGGCGGUCACUGACAAGGACGAGGAAGGGUCGCCAGCAUGGCGGGCCAAGUACGCCAUUGUGCAAGGCAACGAAAGCGGCUUCUUCAGCAUAUCAACGGACCCAGAGACCAACGAAGGCAUUCUCACAACAGCAAAAGCUUUGGACUUUGAAGUGCGGAAGCAGUUCAUCCUCCAAGUGGCCGUGACCAACGAGGUCCCCUUCGUGGUCAAACUGCCCACUUCCACGGCCACCGUGACGGUCAACGUGAGAGAUGUGAACGAGGCCCCGGUCUUUGAGGUUUCAGUCCAAAAGGCACAAGUCUCUGAGGACAUUCCCGUGGGGCAGAAAAUCAUUGCCUACACGGCUCGGGACCCAGACAGGUUGCAGACCCAGAGAAUCCGGUACUCCAUUGGGAACGACCCGGCUGGCUGGCUAGCCAUCCACCCCGAAAAUGGCAUCAUCACGACCAGGAGCCCCUUGGACCGGGAGUCCCCUCUAGUGCAGAACAGUACUUACAGAGCCAUUGUUCUGGCUGUGGAUGAUGGAUUGCCCCCAGCGACCGGGACUGGCACCCUGCUCUUGACGUUGGAGGACGUGAACGACAACGGUCCAGAGCCUGAACAGCGGGAGAUCACCGUCUGCAACAGCAAACCGGAGCCCCAGUUCUUGCAUAUUUUGGACAAGGACCUUCCGCCCAACACCUCCCCGUUCCGUGCCGAGCUCACCCACAAUUCGGAAGAAAAUUGGGCCGUUGAGAUGGACGAAAAAGGUGAGACGGCCAUCUUGAAGCUGCUGACGCCCCUCAAGCAGGAGACGUACGACGUUUACUUGCGGCUCUUUGACAACCAGAACAAGGACCAGCUGACGGUCCUCAAGGCGACCGUCUGCGAAUGCGAGGGACCGGUGGAUCGGUGCCCAGAGAGGCAGCUGGCCGGCAUUGGGGCGCCUGCUAUCCUGGCCAUCCUGGGGGCCAUUUUGGCUCUGUUGAUCUUGCUGCUUUUACUUCUCUUGUUUGUGAGGCGGAGGACAGCGGUCAAGGAGCCUCUCUUGCUGCCGGAAGAAGAUACCCGGGACAACAUCUUCUACUACGGAGAAGAAGGAGGCGGGGAGGAAGACCAGGACUAUGAUCUCAGCCAGCUACACAGAGGCCUGGACGCCCGUCCGGAGGUCGUCCUGAGGAACGACGUGGUGCCCACCCUUCUUCCUGCGCCGCAGUAUCGCCCACGCCCUGCUAAUCCAGAUGAGAUUGGCAACUUCAUCCAUGAGAAUUUGAAGGCCGCUGACACGGACCCCACGGCGCCUCCAUACGACUCCUUGCUGGUUUUCGACUAUGAAGGCAGCGGCUCAGAGGCCGGUUCGCUCAGCUCCCUCAACUCCUCCGGCUCAGAUCAGGACCAGGACUAUGACUACUUGAACGAAUGGGGCAGCCGCUUCAAGAAACUGGCCGACCUUUACGGUGGAGGCGAGGAGGAGGACUGAGGAUGGAGCAGGAAGACAGGAGUGUCAAGACUUCCUCAUAUUUUGGGGUUGGAGUAUCUCUGCAAGACCCUGGAGACUCUCCUCAUCCUUUAUGUUUGAUGAAUGGCACCGUUGAGGCUGCUGUCUGUAAGCCAAACUCACGUCAUCUCCUUCCCGGUGACCGUGGGACUUCUUCUUGGCCCCAAAGGAGAUGAGUCUCCUUGAAGCCGUUUUGGGAGGAGACCCCGAUCUUGCCUCCUGACUUAGCAUUUCACUGAACUCACAGAAGGUGCCUAUGAAGGUCUCCAGGCCAGACACACGAAUCCUAAUGCCACUUUUUCUCUCUUUUUCCUCUCCGUCUGUCUUUCCUUUUUGCCUGAGUGCCUCCGGAUGCAAGUGCCGUCCCUUCCUUCCUGCAAGGAUUAUGGGGCUGGGCACAGAGGCCCCAAAUUACUGCCCAAUUUCCAUGGGGCCAGAUGCUGCCCGCUUCUUGCCAGUGGGGCAGGGGCUUGGGUUGACCUGUCACCAUUAUAGAAGAUGCAAAGAGAGACUUUGAAACAAACUGGUGUAUGAGAUGAAGAAACAUAGGGGUGCAAGAGGGCAUCCUGAAAGUGUGUGUCUUGUAGUGGGACCAUACUUCCCAAACGCUGCCCCUUCCUCUGCCAACUGGGCAGUUGCCCCGUCAUUGUGGUGGAAACCCUCUCCUCCCCGACUCUUAAAACUCUAAUGCUGCCUCUUUUUAAAAUAAUAAUAAUAAGAAUAAUAAGCGUAUCCUAGGUGUCCCUGGGUGACUUGGGGGAUUUUUCCCUUUUCUCUUUCUCUUUUGUACUGUGUAUGAAAUAGACUUCCGUGGUAAAAGCUCUAAAGGAUUUGGACAAUCAGGGUGUAAAAGUUUUAAUAAAGGUUUUUCUUCUUCUUUUUA